GUUAAGGACCUAAACCCCGGGUUUGCAUCUGUUAAAGCUCCAGAGAUACCAGCCAGACGGAUUUUCUGCUUGGAAAGAGCAGCAGAAUUCAGUCAAAAUGACGGAGGUCAAAGUGAAGAAAGAGAUGAACGUGACAGACGUCGCAGAGAUCGAGAACAGGAUCAAAGAGCUGUGUCAGCAGUUCCCUCAGGGUAUCACAGACCAGGUGAUCCAGAAUGACUUGCCUCACCUGGAGCCUCAGCAGAGAGCCAUGGCAAUCAACAAGCUGCUGUCGCAGGGUCAGCUGGAUCUGCUGAGGAACAACUCAGGUCUCUUGUAUAGACUGAAAGACACUCAAAGUGCUAGUAAGAUGAAAGGCUCAGACAACCAGGAGAAACUGGUCUAUCAGAUCAUUGAGGAUGCAGGAAAUAAAGGAAUCUGGAGCAGAGACAUCCGCUUCAAAAGCAACCUUCCUCUGACAGAGAUCAACAAAAUCCUGAAAAACCUUGAGAGCAAAAAACUCAUCAAAGCAGUCAAGUCUGUGGCGGCCUCGAAGAAGAAGGUCUACAUGCUCUACAACCUGCAGCCAGACCGGUCGGUGACGGGCGGUGCCUGGUACAGCGACCAGGACUUUGAGUCCGAGUUUGUAGAAGUUCUCAACCAACAGUGCUUCAAAUUCCUGCAGAGCAAGGCUGAGGUGGCGAGGGACAGUCAGCAGAGUCCAAUGGUCCAGAGGAACAGCUCAUUCGCCACAUCCCAUGAAGUGUGGAAGUACAUCUGUGAGCUGGGGAUCAGUAAGGUGGAUCUGUCUAUGGACGACAUUGAGACCAUCCUCAACACGCUGAUCUACGACGGAAAGGUGGAGAUGACAGUGAUUGCUGCCAAGGAGGGGACGGUGGGCAGCGUAGAUGGACAGAUGAAACUGUAUCGGGGAGUGAACCCAGUCCUGCAGCCCACCGGUCUUGUCAAGACGCCCUGCGGACUCUGCCCGGUGUUUGACGACUGUCACGAGGGAGGGGAGAUCUCUCCGUCAAGCUGCGCCUACAUGAUGGAGUGGCUGGACAUCUGACGGAGUGGCUGGACCUCUGAUGGAGUGGUUGGACCUCUGACGGAGUGGUUGGACCUCUGACGGAGUGGUUGGACCUCUGACGGAGUGGUUGGACAUGUGACAGAGUGGUUGGACAUGUGACAGAGUGGUUGGACAUGUGACAGAGUGGUUGGACCUCUGUUGGAGCGAUUGGAAAUGUGACGGAGGGG